AUGUCACGUUCCAGGAACCGGAGUGCGGAUGGUCGCUCGCAAGGGGAUUCUGAAACUCUGGCCGUGUCCCCUCUGAAGGGCUCUCAGAAACCCAAGCGUCAUUCGUACUCACCUGUCCUGGAACGCCUGUCUUCCGAAAGCGAGGGCCAAGACGAAGAUGCUGAACCCGCUGCUGACACUGCUCCCGCCAAUGUAGCUACACCACCGCCCGCACCGGCUGCCAAUGGCUCCCCCGUCUCUGCCUCUCCCCCCAGCAGCAAGCCCAGCUCGCCCUUCGUUGAACGCAGCAACCCAAUGGGCUCCGGAAACAUUCAGACCGUGAGCUCGAAGGACCCCAAGGCUGCUGCUCAGGCUGCCACGGAUAUGAAGAACGUCGUCCGCCGCAAGUUGACUGGCUACGUUGGCUUUGCCAACCUGCCCAACCAAUGGCACCGCAAGAGUGUCCGGAAGGGUUUCAACUUCAAUGUCAUGGUCGUUGGUGAGUCCGGUCUCGGAAAGUCGACUCUCGUGAACACACUCUUCAACACCUCCCUCUACCCUCCCAAGGAGCGCACCGGCCCCAGCCACGACAUCAUUCCCAAGACCGUGUCGAUCCAAUCGAUCAGCGCCGACAUUGAAGAGAACGGCGUCCGUCUUCGUCUGACUGUAGUCGACACCCCCGGCUUCGGUGAUUUCGUUAACAACGAUGAUUCGUGGCGCCCGAUCGUCGAGAACAUCGAACAGAGAUACGACGCCUACCUCGAGGCCGAGAACAAGGUCAACAGAACCAACAUUGUCGACAACCGCAUCCACGCCUGCGUUUACUUUAUCCAGCCCACCGGCCACUCUCUGAAGCCUCUUGAUAUCGAGGUGAUGCGCAGGUUGCACACCAAGGUCAACUUGAUUCCCGUCAUCGCCAAGGCCGACACUCUGACGGACGAGGAGAUUGCGCUUUUCAAGCAGAGAAUCCUCGCCGAUAUCCAGCACCACUCCAUCCAAAUCUUCGAAGGCCCCCGCUAUGAACUUGACGACGAAGAAACCAUCGCCGAGAACCAGGAAAUCAUGUCCAAGGUCCCCUUCGCCGUUGUAGGUGCCAACUCCGAGGUUACCGCCCCCGAUGGCCGCAAGGUGCGCGGCAGAAGCUACCCCUGGGGUAUCAUCGAAGUCGACAACGAGGAGCACUGUGACUUCGUGAAGCUGCGUCAGAUGUUGAUCCGCACUCACAUGGAAGAGCUGAAGGAACACACCAACAACUCCCUGUACGAGAACUACCGCUCCGACAAGCUCACCCAGAUGGGUGUGGCCCAGGACCCCAGCGUCUUCAAGGAGGUCAACCCGGCCGUCAAGCAGGAGGAGGAACGUGCGCUCCACGAGCAGAAGCUCGCCAAGAUGGAGACGGAGAUGAAGAUGGUCUUCCAGCAAAAGGUAGCGGAGAAGGAGAGCAAGCUGAAACAGAGCGAAGACGAACUAUACGCCCGACAUCGCGAGAUGAAGGACCAACUGGAACGGCAACGCCUGGAACUGGACGAGAAGAAGUCCCGCCUCGAGAGUGGGAGACCGAUCGAAGAAAAGGGGAAGCGAAAGGGAUUCUCUCUUCGUUAG